CGCUGCUAGAGUGACGCGUCUUGCUGAAGGCUCCCAGAGCACACUAGGCUGAGAAAUGUCUGAGGAGGACUCCGACAACGCGGUCACCGACUCCCAAACGGAGGAGGAUGGCGAGCUGCCUGUCAUCCAACUGUGCGGGCUGGUGGAGGAGCUCAGCUAUGGAAACUCUGCUCUCAAAACAGAAACAGAGAUGUUUGAGAAAUACUACUCUAAACUGGAACCCAGGGACCACCGGAUGCCACGGUUAUCAGAAAUUAAAUUAUCAGCAGCGGAACUUUCACAGUUCCGGAGCAGGCGUAAAUCCAAGGCCCGUGCAGGUCUGGAUCGUACAUCAGGCCUCUCUGUAGACCAGAAGCUUGAACUUGUACAGAAGGAGCUGGAGGACACAAGAGAGGAAAUACGGCACAUGCGGGCCAAUGCAGAGCGGGACCUGCAGCACCAUGAGGCUAUCAUCGAGGAAGCUGAAAUUCGAUGGAUUGAACUUCAGAGAGCAGUGCAUGAAUUUGAAAAAGAUAUUCUGAAAACCAUAUCCAAGAAGAAAGGGAGCAUUCUGGCCACUCAGAAAGUGAUGAAGUACAUCGAGGAUAUGAACCGCCGGAGGGAUAAUAUGAAGGAUAAAUUAUGUUUGAAAAAUGUUUCUCUCAAAGUUCAGAAGAAAAAGAUGCUUUUACAAUUGAGACAGAAGGAGGAAGUGGGCGAGGCCCUGCACGACGUCGACUUUCAGCAGCUGAAAAUCGAGAAUGCUCAGUUUUUAGAGACGAUUGAAGCAAGGAAUCAGGAGCUGAUCCAGCUGAAGCUGGCCUCCGGGAACACCCUGCAGGUCCUCAACAUCUACAAAAACAAGCUUCAUCGGGCAAUGGAGAUAUACAACAGUCUGGACAAGGAGAUCUUGCAGAGAAACGAGCUGCUUGGAAAAAUUGAAAAAGAAACCAUACAGGCAGAGGAGAUCCCAUCUAAGAUAUAUUUAUACUUAAUGUCAUAUCACACUGGGCUUCUCUUGGACAUCCUAGUUCUAGAAGAUGCUGUGUACUUCAUCUUGGAUGAGUCUCAUUCCAUAUAUCAAGGAGUCCUGAUCCCUUUUAACUGAUAAUGGCUUUAGAAAGCAAGCGCCCAGGGCUGGGGCGACGGCUGAGCAGUAAAGCACCCACUGUGCAAACGAGAGGACUUGCGUCUGGAUCCCCAGCGCAGCUCCCUUAUGUCACAGUGCUGCAAAUCUGGAAGCUCAGUGCUGGUGGGCAACGGCUGAAGACAAGAAAAUCCCUGGAGAUCAUGGGCUGGCCAGUUUAUCAAAUGGAUGAAGCUCCAGGUUCAGCGAGAGAACCUGUCUCAAAAAAUAUGGUGGGAUGUAAGCAAGAAAGACAUCCAAUAUUGAUCUCUGCUUCCAUAUGCACCUGCUUGGAAAUAUGGACACACACACACUAACACACGUAGAACACACACGUGCACGUACACACACACACA